AUGCUUGGCUGCGACGUUCAGGAAGUACUCCGAGCCCAAACACCGGACCGGUUGAGGCCACAGAAGGUGACUGGUACAUUUACACAGAAGCCAGUUCUGGCAAUGAUAACAAGGAGUUCAUCCUCACCAGUGACGUGUUCCACCCAUCACCGACAACCCGGCAUCUUCACUUCUCUUUCCAUAUGCUUGGGAACGACAUGGGCAGCUUGCGAAUGGAGACAUUGCGAAGCAGUGGCUGGACGCAUGCUUGGUCACGAAUCGGAGCGCAAGGGCCGCAAUGGGGCCUGGCAUUGGUGA